CAUGUUUCAUCUCUUUAUAUUAAGACGAGAUGUUUGUCUUCUUCACUAUCAGACUGAAUAAGGAGAGAGAGAAGAGGAAGAGAAUCAAUUUUGUUCAAUGGAGAAGGCAGUCCAUUUGUCAACGAAAGCUGGACCAGAGGUUCCAGGAGAGCCAACGAAGAUGGGAACCUCCAUGGUUGACUCGGCUGCUGCAGCUGUACAAAGCUUCACUCCGAUUAACCAAAUCCACCAACAUCUCUGCGCGUUUCAUUUCUAUGCAUAUGACAUGACUCGACAAGUGGAGGCACAUCAUUUCUGCGGUCACAUCAACGAGGACAUGCGUCAGUGUCUGAUCUACGACGGUCCUGAUGCCAACGCUCGUCUGAUCGGCUUGGAGUACAUAGUGUCAGAGAAGCUUUUCAUGACGUUGCCUGAUGACGAGAAGAAGCUUUGGCACACUCACGAGUGGGAGGUCAAAGGAGGGUUCCUGUUCAUGCCCGGUGUUCCCGAGCCAAUCCAACGCCAAGAUCUCGAGAAAGUUGCCAAAACUUAUGGAAAAGUUUACCAUUUCUGGCAAGUCGAUUUGGGGCAUGAGCUCCCCAUUGGUUUGCCUAAUAUUAUGAUGGCUGUUACUCGCGACGGACAACUUUACCCCGAGAUGGUCAAGGAGACGGAGAAAAAGUUUGGGAUAUCGAUAGAUAAAGAGAGAGAGUCAAGGGCUUAUAUGACUGGACCAGACCAUGGGAUCCAUCCCUUGGCGAAUGGAGGUGGCAAAGGGCUGAAGUUGGAGGUGCGAGAGGUUGACAUCAAGCCUGUAGAGUCUGUUCCAAGAGUCUUUGUCUAAGUUAGUUAAAGAGAGAGGGAUCUCUUAAGAGAAUAAUAAAUAAAGAAGCGAUCGACCUUUGCUUUUGUUAAGUAUAGUCCUCGAUCAUGUGUAUUAAGCU